GAAAGCCCAUCAGAGAGUGGUCCUCAUUAAAGUAGUUAGGCUUGAGGAAUAUCACAAUGUUGGAACCACAGCCUCACCUGGAGCCAUACGAGGUUCAGAUAAUUGCUCAGCAGGAAGAAGGACGUGCGAUAUACGGUGCAUCGCAAGCUUCAAAAGGGUCUCCAAUCCAACAAGCUUACUAUCCACCCCCUCAGCUACCGGUUCAGGUAUACAGCGAGGGGCCUCAGCCUUCUGCACCUCCGCCUCAGCAGAAUGGAGUUAGACCGGCGCCUCUGAAAUUCGGGGAGAGAUCAGGCAUCGCAGAUACUGCCGUCACACAAAACAAUAAUGCCCGUCGAACCUACCAAUUGGGCUACGCAAAUGCCUUGAACCAUGACGGGAGGCUCAGAUGGAAGUAUCCUAAUAUAUACCAGAUGCCCGGUCGUUUCUUCGCUGAGCUCACUCGAAAUCGCCAUCGUGAUAUAAUGCAGAGAGUCUGGAACGGACCAGAGGAAGAUAGAUAUUUGAGUCCAUAUGAUGGCCAUUUAGCCAAGCUUGUGGUCCAAGUGACUCAGGAUGUCUACAGUAGUGAGCAGAACUCAACAUGGCGACGAACAUUCAUCAGGAAUACCAGUCCAUCUUAUAUAAAUGUUGCCAACUUUCCAUUCUCAACUCUUCCACCUGAUAUGAAUGAUUGGGAUGGAGCCCAUUGGGCCACGCUGGCUUGGAAAUGGAUUCCUGCGUGUUGUGCGCUUAUCUGCGUGCUAGCAUACCAACCCAAUGCCGCUGAAGGGCAGGUCAGAAAUCAAGGCUUCUACGACCCAUUCCCCUACCGAUAUUGGGGCUACCCAAAGGUCGCUAGAAACCAGUUGGAGGGUCCGAAUCCCCGCUCUGGUGAACAGGCAAGUUCUUCCCUGCUUGAGCGGUCUCUGGGGCCCAAGUAUUUGUGCUUUCUCAACAAGCCACAUGAGCGAGAGAUGAACGGGGUCUCUAUGCGAGAAGUUGACCAGGCACAUGCUGAUACCGAGUACCUCUUCAUCGGCUACACAACCGAGCAAUUCGACAACGAUUCUUACGAAGAUAUGAACGACCUCCACGCCAUCGCUGAGCGAGCAGCUAGAGAAGCCCAGAUCCCUGCAUUCUGGGUUGCUGGAAGCUGCAUGGGUAGCGAUGAGGAAGUAGAAGAUGCUAUCUAUCGCAUCAGCGACGUGAUGCGCGGUGCUCAUUCUCUCGUCAUCGCCAUUGGUCCCUCUCCCAAAAGGCCAGAAAUGAAUACUAGAGAAGAGAUGCUGAAGAUGUGGGGAAAGCGUAUGUGGACAUUGCCUGAAGCUUUGCUCAGCAGUGCGGACCAUCCCAUCAAAGUCUACACCAGAGGACACACCGGCGAUUCUUGGAAUGUGUCUAAGAAACACUUCGCAGCUGUUGUGUGGCACGAUCCACUGAUCUCUAGACAGCUGGUCGAUCACUACAAUAAGACGUUAGACUUGAGUCGUUUGGAACUCGUUUCUAUCGCUCUCAAUUGUCUGACCAAAAGACAGACAACACGCUACUUCGACGGAGACUUGUCAUAUGCUCUCAUGGGCCUCUUGAGACAGCGCCCCAAAGUCGAUAGAACAGAUUCGACGUUUCAAGCCUUUGCUCGACUUUCUAUGGCGAACGACAGCGAUAUGCUACUUGAGCGACUCGUCUGCAUGCUACCCAACGAUCCAAAUGGCCACUGGCUUGCCAUGGACGAUACCUGGAACAGUAGUCUGUGGGAUAUCUAUCCAACUUGUCAAGUUGCUGGCAUGGGUCCAGGCGAUACAGUCAUUUUGGAUGGAGCAUUCGGCGCAGCAAUCCGAUGGAAGGCAUUUGCCCCCGUGGCGUACCUCACCCGAGGUUCAUGGAAGAGAUCCGCUUCUCGCACUCUGCUACACGCCUCACCAGUCUAUUUCUUAACCGGAGCGGUCUUUGCUUCCUAUGCCAAAUUUAGUCCGAUCUACGGCGCUAUCGGGGUAAUCUUGCUUGUCAUCAGCUUGCUAGUCAUCCUCGCCUCACCGUACUUAAUCCGUCUCAUUUACGGCGGUAAGCUCUGGGGAGCCCAAGCCUGGUUCUUCGGCUUUGAAGGCUAUCUCGAUCUCGCGACCAUCGAAUCCAGUAUAUAUGGCUCCUACAACGGUCGUCUCAAGUGGGCCGCAUCAGGCAGCACACUCUCACGCCACCAGCAGAACCCAGACGGCGAAUGUGUAGGCUUUGAUCCCACAGCCGACCCCACUGUUCGAGAUAUGUUGGAGCAGGCCAAAACUCCUGGAUUUGGAGGAAGGAAGGUGUUCACGCUAGUCGAUACGUAUACUUCGACGGUGACGAUGUUCACGGCUGUGAGACCGCCUGUUGCUGCGAUUUUGUGUGGCAGGGAGGGAGGCAUGCAGAGAGCGGUGUUGUGCUCUUAUGAUUGGAAGACGCAGACGCUGUAUAGGGAGACGGUACUACGGAUGGAGACACCGGUGUUGGAGAGGAUGUUUAGGGUUCAUAAGUUUAGGUUUGGGUUUCAGAGACCGGUGGCCAAUGUUCGCUGAACUUGAGUGUUUUGAAGAUGAUGUAGGGGUUUCCGGCUUUGGUGAAUGGAGUUUGCAGCUUUUCGGCAAAGCAUACGAGGCAGGUAAUAAGCUAGGGAUUUCUUAUUUUUUUCUCCUUCGAGACUAAUCGCUAUAUAUUUCUAACACAACCUUCUCACUUUCGAGCCACUUUGUGCCAUCAGAGCUCUUAAAGCAAAAGCAUCGUCAACGCAUUCUCGCAUCAUAUUCGCCAACCAUCCCG